UUGCUGCUGAGUAAAGUGAUAAACAAAACAAGCAGCAGCUAAAUAAAUAAGCGAUUAAACAUAAAAACAAGUGAAAUUAAAAGACAGGCAACAAAUGUCGCUGCUCGAGCAAUACGAGCAGCAAUAUGCGGCGCUAAUUGCUGAAAUAACGGCACACAUUGGACGCCUGCAACAGAAUGCAACCGAACGCAGCGAGUUGUGCAACAAAAUCGAUGCCAGUUUGGCAGAGGCACAAGAGCUGCUCGAACAGAUGGGUUUGGAGGUGCGUGAAUUGAAUGCCACGCAACGCAGUAGUUUCAAUGGCAAGUUGCAAGUGGCACAAGCGGAACUCAAACGCUUGCAGACGGAAUACAAACAGACCAAGGACAAGUUGCGGGCACAGGUAACGGGGUAUACCACACUCGAUCUGGCUGGAGCUGGAGAUUACUAUGAGGAUGUGUCGAUUAGCAAUGAUCAGCGGCAACGUUUGCUGGACAACUCGGAGCGCAUUGAACGCACCGGCAAUCGGCUGACGGAAGGUUAUCGUGUGGCACUCGAAACGGAGGCAAUGGGCGCACAGGUCUUGAAUGAUCUGCAUCAUCAGCGGGAGACGUUGCACGGCGCUCGCGCUCGCUUGAGGGAAACGAAUGCGGAACUGGGACGCGCUUCUCGCACCCUCAACACAAUGAUGCUGCGCGCCCUGCGCGAGAAGGUCGUCCUCUAUGGCGUCGGGGUCUGCUUUGUGGUCGCCGUCGGUGUCAGUCUAUAUCUGACAUUUGCGCCCAGCUCAUCCGCGGCCACCUCAUAGUUGGCUCUAGUUAUUAACUAGGAGAUUGCAUUCCAAUGUUGAGUUAGUUUUGUUUAAAUAUUUAUUUGUUGUUAGCAUUAGCUUCAAUUUGCGUGUUAAUGUUUUAUGCAUGUAUGUAAUAUACAUAUAUAAUUAUAUAUAUAUAUGUAUAUAUGUGUGUGGGUAUUGAAAUCGACUAAAAUCCUUAAUUUUACUAUGACUUAUUAUGCACCUCGAAGUGUGCUAAUAUAUAUUCAGAAUCGUACGUGUUCCGUUGGCGCACAUUAACUAUAUACUAUACAUAUAUAUCAUAAUUAAUACAUAUUCGGACGUUUUUAGCAUUAAAUUCGAAUCGCAUAUUUACAAAUAAUAAAUAAUUAACCAAAAAAGUAUAUUU